AGAGGUUUCACUUCCGCCAACCGCUUCUGACACCUACCGGUGUAAAGGCUGAACUGCACCAGUUUAUUAAAGAAAAAAAAGUGACAAGACUGACUCUUGAUUUGAGGUAAGCACCUCACCUCAGCGCUGACGUCAUGACUGGAUUGAUUAAUUCUCACGGCCUCCGUGUGCCACUGACGCGCCAGCUGGAAGUGGGUCAGCUCAGCAUUAGUGGGUGUGAAGGUUGUGGUCUGGAUGCUGGUUCAAUAAUCAGGCUGUCUGUCUGCCUGUGUGGUGCAUGCUCAGAGUUUCUCUCACUCAAACUGCGGAGGCUUACCUUUCCUUCCUGUCCUCUUGCCCUCCCCCUUUAUAUUAUCCCCCAGUCCUGCCCUUAUUUCACCAUCUAGACGUUCUCCACCCUCCGGGCAUGGCAGAGGCCCCAGCAUCCACCCCCGCUGAGAAUGGUCUGCCGGUGUUGUGGAAACACUCCAAUCAACGCUGCAGGAAGUCUGGAUGCUCCAACAUCUUUACAGGGGUAAACAUGCACCAGUUGCACCGGCUGUUCAGGACAGCAGGAGACAGAGACGCUGAACAUCGGGCGAAACUGGUGUGGCAAGGGGCGGAUGCAGACAUGGAAGGAGCAGAAGAAGAGAAGGAGAAGGAAGGGGAGGAGAGAGGGGAUGAGGCAGGGCUGGCCCAGGCCUUGGUGGGGCUCCGAGUCCGAGCAAGGAAUAAAGCAGGCUUUAGGGCAGAAGGACAAAGAGACCACACGUGGCUCAGAACAUCAGGGUACCUCAGGAUUGAGGAGCCAUUAUCUGGCUACAGUGUUGAGGGUGAGGAGGUUGACCGAGCACCCAGUCUGGGGGAAUUUCUGCUGGCGAAUGAAGAAGACAUCCCAGAGAACCAAAAUCCCUUCAAACCCUCCUCUUGGAGGUUGGGUGUGGCAAGGCAGGAGGGUGCCAGAGACUCUGAACGCUACCUUCACCGCAUCCUCCACUAAAAACUGACUAGAGUUUGGGGCAACACAGACAGUGAUGGAAGAUGCAAUGAAGCUGAAGUCAUGAAAUACAUGAUUGGUUCUACAUGAGGGGAUAUAUUGUAUUGCUCUGAAUCUUACUGCUAACAUGUACUCUACAUGUUAGACCCCAACACAGAGAAAAACCAGAGAACUUUCGUAAACCUGUUUGGGGAGUAGUCCAACUAUUACAAUUAUAAUGUGUAUCUCUUCCAGUGCAGGCAUAUUGGAGAGGCUGUGUUUUAACAGAAAUGGGGUAUUGUGUAACCCUGGAAUGAAAUUUCUGAUGCACAAAGUUAUUUUUGAUUGCACAGUUGAUGUUGGACGUGCCACAGAAUUCAUGGGCAGAAUAUUGUUACACUGAAUUAAAUGUUUAUGUUUGAAAAGCACUUUAAGAGCACUUCUAGCCUGAGAUGUUGUUUUCUUUAAAGUACUUAAUACUGAAAUGUCUAAAUGAAGAUGCCAUGAAUCACGUUCUUUUAAAAAAACAGAUCAAAACUAGAACAAAACUAGAAAUACCGCCUCACGGUUGUAUGCCUCCACCAACCAGCCAAGUUGCAGUUAACAUCCAUGUCCAGACUCAUAAUAUUUGUAGAGAAGACUUUAAAGGAAUUUCAUAAAAGGUACUAAGUUUGACCUUUGACCACCAAAUUCUAAUCAGUUCAUCCUGCCCGUUUGUGCCAGAUGUAAUAAAAUUUGCUCCAGGCAUUCCUGAAAGAUCGCAUUCACAAGAGAAUGGGAUGGACAUGAGAUCACAAUGACCUUGACCUGUUACCACCAAAAUCUAAUCAGUUCAUCCUGGAGUUCACCAGCUAGUCACUAACUUUGUCUGUCUGCUUGGGCAGGUAGCUUUUGAUGUAAACAGCUGCUGGAAACAGUGCUGAUGAGAGUGGUGUAAAUGAACCAAAACAGUAACACUGCAACCCAUAAAACUGAAACAAAGAGUAAAAAGACACUGAAACAAUCCGUAGAGCUGAAUAAAACUGCAGUCUGGAGAUAAUAAUCAGUGAGUUUGUCACUAUUAACGACUCCUUUCAAAUUACACAAAGUAUCUUGAUCUGUUGUUAAUAUAAAAAUAUUGAUUAUAGCAACUUUAAAGACAUGAUUUGUUUGACAAUUAGCAUAUACUAUAACAUUUUUGACAUUACCUACUGUUGUAUUAAACCCAGUGUACAUGAACAGAACACA